GUCUGUGGUGCUCCGAAGGGGUACCUCUCGUCCUACAGUUUUUCCCUGAUGGUCAUCUAUUUCCUGCAAGUGGAUCAGCAACUGCCCUGCUUGCCCGUGGAGGAUUUCGCGCCCUGGGGCCCGGUAAGACCCCUUCACUAUGAAUGGAUCUGCCGCACUCCGCUCUCGGAGUUGCUAUUCCGCUUCUUCUCCUUCUACGCGCAAGCCUUCUCCUGGGGCGCUGAGGUAGUAUCGAUUCGAGUCGGCCGUCGGAAGCUGGGUUCGGACACGGAUUUCAUGAACCUCCCGGGCCGGCAAGCGCAGCGGCUGCACGUGGAAGACCCCUUCCUGCCUCGGAAUCUGAACUGUGUCCUCUCCACCGACAAGGAGGUGUUCUUGGAGGCCGAUCCCCAAAAGUGGCUGCGGCAGCCG